ACUGGUAACAAAGGUAUUGCUCUCCGCUACUAGGAAUAUAAAGCCUCCACUACUCCAUACUACAGUCACUAACAUAGUUCCGACAUACAGUGCGCAGUGUCGCCUGUGUCGCGUGAGCACGCGAUACAUUAGCAUACACGCGGCGAUAUAACGCGCCGCCAGCGCCCGGCGCCCUCACUCCGCCGCCUGCACCGCGAGCACGGACGGGCACAGACGUGCACAACUUCCGUAUUGCGCUCAGUAUAUACACAUUUGAAAUAUUUAUAUAGUAGACAUCAGCACGAGUCCUGCACUACUGUUAUAGGAGUCUGAAACAUUGUUAGACAGUCGGACACGGACAAGUAUACUAGCUGUGCACUGCGGGCCGACGUGUUCACUACCCGCGGGAGCUCGUCGUUACAUUUGCAAGAACUGAGGUGUUGCAGACAGGGCGGUAUGUCGACAGAGCCGGGCGACGGGCCGCUGCUGCCCGGGUUCUACGCGGGCCGCGCCGUGCUCAUCACGGGGGGCACCGGCUUCCUGGGCAAGGUGUUGAUUGAGCGCCUGCUGUGGACAUGCCCCGAGGUGGGGGAGGUCCACCUCCUGCUGCGAGACAAGCGAGGCCAGCCUCCGCGAGUACGACUCAACCAGCUCAAGCAGUCGCAGGCGUUCGACAAUGUACGCGCGCACUGCCCGGGACAGCUGGACAAGCUGCGCGUCGUAUGCGGGGACGUCGCGCAGCCGCGCCUCGGCCUGGACGACGCCGCACUGCUGCAGCUGCGGGAGGUGUCGCUGGUGUUCCACAGCGCGGCCACGGUUAAGUUCUGGGAGAGCUUGGAGACGGCGCUGCACCAGAACGUCACCUCCGUCGUUGCGCUGAUGGAGCUCUGCGACCAGCUGCCCCGGCUCGAGGCGCUGGUGCACGUGUCGACGGCGUACAGUAACGCGGAGCGGCGCCACAUCGAGGAGCGCGUGUACGAGGCGCCGGCGCAGCUGGCCGGGCUGCGCGCCAUGCUGGACGCGCUGCCGCCCUCGCUGCUCGACGACCUCACGGCCAGGUACAUCGCACCCAAACCCAACACGUACGUGUUCUCGAAGGCGGUGGCCGAGGCGACCAUCGCGCAGCGCCCGCGCAAGCACUACGCCACCGCCAUCGUCAGACCCUCCAUAGUGGUAUCCUCCCACCGGCACCCGUACCCCGGGUGGAUCGAGAACCUGGCGGGCCCCAGCGGCGUGGUGGUGGGCUGCGGCAAGGGCCUGGUGCACGCCUUCAACCUGGACCUGGCGGCGCGCGCCGACCUCAUCCCCGUCGACAUCACCAUCGACACCAUGCUCGCGGUCGCCUGGGAGAUUGCUACCGACAAGAGUGAGGAGGUGCGGGUGUACAACUCGUGUUCACAACAGAACCCCAUCACCUGGGGCACGUUCCGCGACCGCGUCGUGCGCAAUGCGCGUGCGCAUCCGUUCGACCAGCUCAUGUACUACCCGUUCACAUUCGGCAUCAAAAACAGGUAUGUGUACAAGGCCCUGGAGCUGGUGCUGCAGACCAUACCGCUGUACGUCGCGGACUACAUCGCGCGGCUGUGUGGGAUCAAACUACAACUGAGCCUGGUGACUGUCAGCGAGCGCCUGCAAGCAAUGAACCGCGUGCUCGCGUUCUUCGCGACGCGCGAGUGGUACUUCAGCACGCGCAACGUGCAGGCGCUGCGCCGCCGCCUCACGCGCGCCGACCAGGACAUCUACAACCUCGACGUCACCUCCGUCGACUGGGACGAGCACGUGAGCAACUUCGUGAAGGGCACGCGCAAGUUCUUGCUGAAGGAGAAGGAUGACAACAUCCCCCGCGCCAAGAAGUUUGUCGAGAGACUGCGUCGCGUGCACCAGUUCGUGCUGCUGAUGCUGUCGGUGCUGGUGUACCGGUUCCUCAUGCUGCUGCUGCCGCGGUUCUUGUUCAGAAGCUCGCCGGUACUGGCCGGGCUCGCCGCGCCACACUGACGACAUUCAGAAAUGUUGGACAAGAUACUAAAUACGAUACGUGUAGUACGAGGAGACUUUCAUCACCAUAUUUACCUAACACCUAAUCUAAUCACCUAUAACUCCUCCGGUGUUACAGUGGUUAAAGGACGGAGCUGAGCAAUUACACGAGUCUUGCUAAUCACCACUUUCCAUCGCUGAUGAUCCUUGCCCUACAUUUUAAAUUAAGUGCCUAAAAUAGGAAUUAAAAUAUGUUGACGAUUGGUCACACUGUAUAAACUAAACUACUACUUAUUAAAUAUUUGAUUUAAUAAUGAAGAUAAUUAUUAGACCAUGAGCGUUUAAGACUUACCUAUUCGGAAAAACUAAGUAAGUAGGUAAAUAUGCUAAUAUGAUGUUGUAAAUAAAUGUUCUAAUGUAAUGUACUUAUGUAAGAUAAUGGGUUUCAUUAAAAUAUUGUA